AAAUAAAUAAAUAAUACAAAAAGGAAGCUCAUUCACCGGAACCAUAUGACAACUUCCGCUGCAGAUCCCGGAAAAAGGGUAUACUUUCGGUUGCGUACAAUAGGCUAUAUGUUAUUGAUUAACCAUGAUAAUCAGAUUCUAUUUCGUCUGUGUCUCAGCGGUGCUGAUAAAGAAAGUCUCUCUGCAGGUCACAGGUGUUGUUGGUGGUUCUGUUGUUCUGCCAUGUUCUUCAACUGAACAUGAUCAUAAAGCUCAAGACACUGAAGUGCACUGGAGACAAAAUGGAAAGAUUCUGUUUGAUAUAAUCAAUGGUGAAGAUUCUCUAGCGCAACAGAACCCACAGUACAAGAACAGAACUGAAACUUUCCCUGAAGAGUAUGUGACAGGAAACUUCUCCAUCAAACUUAACAAUCUUCAACACACUGAUUCAGGAAAAUACAUCUGUCUCAUCUCACACUCAUCUGAACAUAAGACCGUGGAGCUGAUCAUCAACGAGACAACAGCAGAACAUGUAACCAAAUCACCAAUGACAAAAAUGGAACUAAUCAGGAAACCCCAGAAAAAGAAAUCUGGAUUUGCGUCGGAAUAGCUGUAUUAAUCAUGCUUAUAGCGGGAUUCAUAAUGGGGUGUAGAAAAAAUUUUAAAGUUGCCUUAUUUUCUCCUGUCAUGGCUGAAGAUAAGGAACAGCGACAGAAGUAAAUAUGUAAAAGUUGUUUAAACUUUCAUCACUUCCAUUCUGUUUUGUGCUCUUAUAUUCUGUAUAUAAAUCUAUGUAUUGUAUAAUAGAGAUCUUGAAACAAGAUUUGUUUUUAUUGAAUAAUUAAUGAGUCUUUUAAUGUGUAAGUGCCUUAACAUUUCUCUUUCUGUACCAAAAGUAGAUUUUUCCUUUAGUCUGAAAAGAUUUAAUGUACUUUAAAUUGUUUUUGUAUUUAUAUUAACGUUGUUGUUCCUGAUUUAUACAGUAUGCUGAAGAUGACACAUAAGUAUGGUCCUCAGACAUUCCACUAUAGUUCUACAGGCUAAUUGUAUUAUAUUGUUAUUGUUUUGCACAAACUGUAUUUCCCCAUUUCUCUCUCUCUCUCUCUCUCUCUCUCUCUCUCUCUCUCUCUCUCGAUAUAGGGGCUUACUUAAAGAGUAAAUGCUAUUUGAAUAAGGUUUUGGGUUUUGCAGAGGAUGAAACUGGUAGUUACCAUAUUUGUUUUUGCAUGUGAAAAUAUUUUAAUGCAAAAAUAAAUGUUCAUUUACUGAAAGCUGCACUGAUCUUGCUGUUAUGUAAAAUACAGUCUUGUAUGGUGGCUCAGUCUGUACCUCAUCAAUCUCUUAAUUCUUCUUCUUAAUUACAAUCUUUCACUGUACUCAGAUAUUCCGCAGUUGUGCAUUCUUUAUUUAGGGCCAAAUCAUUUUAAUUUACUUUUUGUGCCAAAUUUUGUGGAUGAAUAUUUCAGUGUCCUGACGUUGAAUGUUAGUCCUGUUUGUUUUUCCAGCUUCAGGACCAUCUGAAAUAAAGGGCUGUUUUCAAUGUUCA